AUGAGAAUAUAUAAUACCUUUACCUACGAAAGUGAUAAUGAGGCGGAGACGUUCGAUGUGGUUAUUACAAAGUUUAACGAACAUUUUAAUCCGAAAAAGAAUAUAACAUUCGAGCGUUUCAAAUGUUUGUCAUAUAAACAGAAAGAAGGCCAAACCCUCGAACAAUUCAUAACAGAGUUAAAGUCACUAAGUUUAUCGUGCGAAUUGGGAAAUCUGCGAGAAGAACUGGUCAGGGACAUUUUGGUUUGCGGGAUAAGAAGCCAAUCGCUACGAGAGACACUGUUUCAGAGAGAAAAUCUCACCUUGGAAAAUGCAAUCUCCAUAUGCCUGACGAAGGAAUCUACCCAAGAACAUAACAGACAAGUUUCAAAUGGGUCAUUCAGUCACCAAGUGGAUGAGCUGAAAGUUGGAUGCUCGCAGUCAAAUUUUACAAUGUUUCAAGACCAGCGGGGUCUCGUGCAAGUAUCAGUAAGGCAGAUAGCAUUGAACAACCAGCAAUUUGUACCAGUGGAGGCUCUGACAACAGCUUGGGAGGCACCAGGAAGGUAA